CAGUGGAGCCAGUGGAGUGUGUAAUAAACAACAGUAGUACACUAGUGUAUGUCGUGAAAUGUCUCGUGUGUUUGUAAUAAAUGCUGGCUCGCGGAGCCGAAGAGAUAUUAUUGGCCAACUUUUAGUGAACUUUCCUAUCCUAGUCCUCUUGAGAUUUACAGAUCCAAGCAUCCCACCGCUGUUCGGAGGUUAUAAUAUGCUGUAAUGCAUGAUCGUAGCGUUUGUAUUCAAGAAUCGUCGGAGCAGAUAAGAAGGAUUCGGAUCAUGUUACAUACAUACAAUGUGACAGUAAUUACUUGAAAUUAGUCAUCAAUUACUUGCAAUCUUGUGCCAUCUCCACUUACUGUUAGCUAAACAGCGUUUAAAGUGCACUACUGUUGUUCUACUAUAUUUUAAUUGUGUAAACGUCGUUAAUUUUUCAUCAUGACUAAGGAUGAAAUGGAAAUGCAUAAAAAACGUACCAGAAGACAAUCAUGCGGAAAAGUUUUCUAUAGCAUACCUGAACAGAUAUCUAAAGGAGUGGAACAUUUUUUUUAUCGUCUCGGAGUGAAUAUUGCACAAAGUCCGGUCAAGUGGAUGAUAGGAUGUUCUGUGAUAAUAUUAAUCUGUAUCUUGGGCUUAUUACGUUUUCGACAAGAAAAAAACCCAACAAAGCUUUGGGUCCCACCUGAUUCUGACUUUGUGUCAGAUACUGAAUGGCUAAUGUCACAUUUUGAAGAAGGUUUACGACUUGAAAGCUUUAUUUUAACUGGUGACAAUGUUUUAGAACAGCAAGCACUUGUUAAAUUAAAUGAAUUAACUAAACAAAUAACUUCAGUAGAUGUAUCAAAUGAUAAAAUUUCAUGGCCAGAUGUUUGUAUGAAAAUUCCUUCUAUCACUGGCUACAAUCGUAGAAAAAAGAGACAAGUAUUAGAAGAUAAUUUUUUUGAUGAUGAUCUCAUUUCAAGAGUUAACAAGUCUUUAUUCGAACCUGCCGUUCAUGCUGAUACCAACUUAUAUUGCAAUAUACUUAACAGCUUACCGAUGGUUUGCGUUAUAUUUAGUAUUGUAGAUAUAUGGAAUUUUAAUAGUGCUAGAAUUGAAAAAGAUUCUCAAGAACAAAUUAUUGAGAAGAUAAACACAGUAAAAAACAGUCCCACAUUGGGUCAUCCAAUAAACUUCAGUGAGCUUUUGGGAGGUAUAACUCGGGAUGAGAGAGGUAGGAUUAUUGCUGCAACAGCUGUAAAAACCGACCUAAUGGUUCAUGUUAAUUUUCUCAAAGUGAACAUGGAUGAAAAUGGAAACACCGCAGGAACUGCUGAUUGGGCAACGAGUGAUGUACUAAAAUGGGAAUUGACUUUUCUGAACGUUAUGAAAAAGUUUUCGAAUAAAUUGCAAAACGAGAAAAAUGAUAAUGUCUCUCUAGCGCUUUAUUACGAAGCUGGCAGAAGUUACGGAGAUAUUAGCGGAACAUCCAUAUUCCAAGAUAUGGACAAAUUGGCUGUGGGAAGUAUAUUAAUGUUCCUAUAUGUUUUAACGAUUACGUCAAAUCAGAAUUGGGUAGAAUGGCGGUUCUGUCUUACUAUUACCGGUCUUUCGUGUGUCGGUGGUGCGUUUUUAAUCGCGGUGGGAAUAUGUUCUCUAAUUGGAAUUCCAUACGGGCCUGUGCAUACAUCUUUGCCAUUCUUACUUUUGGGUCUCGGAAUAGAUGAUAUUUUUGUGAUUAAUGCUUCUUGGAAACAGAUACACACUGACGAAUCGAAUUUAAAGAAGCCAUUAACGGAAAGAAUCGGGCUUGCAUUAGGUCAUGCUGGUUCUGCUAUUUGUAUUACUUCACUUACUGAUGUUGUGGCGUUCGUCAUAGGUUCUUCUACAAUAUUGCCAUCACUUGAAUCGUUUUGUAUCUACGCCGCAGUGGGUGUGUUAGUGACGUUUUUAUUACAAAUUACAUUUUUCAUUGCCUGCUUUACUUUAGACGCCAAGAGAAUCGAACAAAAGAAAAACGGAAUGUUACCGUGUAUCGUGCAUGAGAACUUUACACCCAAAUUGUCGGAUCCGAGCAGUGCAUUAUCAUGGAGAUUUAUCAAUGCCUUGUAUUCACGCGUAAUAUUGACCACGCCCGGGAAGAUUAUUGUGAUAUUAAUUACGAUCGCGGCGAUGUCCAUAAGUAUUACCGGAUUACUUCGGCUCGAACAAUGGUUUGAUCCACUGUGGUUGUUGCCGAAAGAAUCCUAUUUAAAUCAAUACGCAAAUACCCUCAAACAAAUGUAUCCCAAUCGUGGAUUUGACGCCUUCGUCAUUAUGGGAGACAAUAUUAAUUAUACUUCUGAAUUUCCCAAGAUGGUAUCUCUAACAGAACGUUUGGGGAACGCUUCAUUUAUACAAUAUAUCGAACCAUGGCCGAUUGAUUUCACAAAAUUCGUGUCAACAUACUAUGCUAUAGAUUUAAGGACAACAAAAGUCACAGACGACAGUUUUCACUUUUAUUUGUCAAAAUUUCUCAUUAGCCGAGCUGGUGGCAAAUAUCAAAGGAAUUUCCAUUUUAACGAGACAUUUAAAUGCGGCAACAAAGCUCCACGAAUCGUAAUAGCAACAAUUGAUUUCAAGUACAAAGUAUUCACUAGUCCUAACGAAUGGAUUCCGGCCAUGGACAACAGUAAAGGAAUAGCGAAAGGAGCGCAAAUUGAUGGGUACGUGACGGUAUGGUGCAAGACAUUCGGACCUUGGAUCGCCGACAAACUAAUCGGCCAAGAAGUUUAUCGAAAUAUCAUAUUGGCACUUGUCUGUGUAAUGGGUACCACUGCGAUUCUCAUCGCCGAGUUACAGACCUGCUUCUGGAUCUUACUCUGUGUGCUCCUCACGUUGCUAAAUGUUUGCGGUUUUAUGUAUUUUUGGGGAUUGACAAUAGACUUGGUAUCUUGCAUUGGUCUCGAACUGGCUGUGGGUUUGAGCGUGGAUUAUGCCGCUCACGUCGCGCACGCCUUCCUGAAUGCGGAGUCGCGGGAGGGUGACGGCGAUGCUCGCACAGCGCGAGUGUUGAUCGCAGUCAGACACAUCGGCGCGGCAGUUGCGUACGGUGCUGGCUCGACGUUCCUCGCCGUUUCGAUGUUGUCGUUUUCACGAUCCUACGUGUUUGUGGCCUUCUUUCGAAUAUUCUCUUUAGUUAUCCUGUUUGGACUCUGGCACGGAUUGGUACUGCUGCCGGUAAUGCUGAGCACUAUCGGGCCACGAAGUUUGCGUGUGACGCAACAACCGACGCAGUUAAUGCCCGUGAAGGACAUGGUUGCGUCUGAUAAUGAAGAUUGAAGAAUUAGAAUUACAAAAACGCACGUCAACGAAGUUUAUUUCUCAGGCAAUAUCUUAAAUAUUCUUUAUCAAUAAUAUUUAUUUUUGGUUCAAUAAACAUACAAAAUUAUUACA